AUGUCCACCCCCGUAGUCCUCGAACCCCAAGAUCUCACUCGCGAUUCCGCCUUCAAGAAAGCGCUGCAUGGCCAGACAGGCCAGACCGACAGAUCCUUCAUAAACCUGAUACACAAAGACAAGAACGCGCAGAAGCUCGCCGUGGAUCAAUACUUCAAGCAUUGGGACAACAAAGUCGCCAAGGAUGAAACAUCGCUGGAUCGUGAUGCGAGACGAAAGGACUACGCUACACUCACUCGACACUACUAUGAUCUCGCAACCGAUCUGUAUGAAUAUGGAUGGUCCCAAAGUUUCCAUUUCUGCCGCUUCACCCCCGGCGAGCCCUUAAAGCAAGCUCUCGCCCGACACGAGCACUAUCUCGCCCUGAAAAUGGGUCUUCAACAAGACCAGCUCGUGCUCGACGUCGGCUGCGGCGUCGGGGGGCCCGCCCGCGAAAUCGCAAAAUUCACCGGCUGCAACAUCGUCGGGCUGAACAAUAACGACUACCAAAUCGAGCGCGCGACACGCUACGCGCAGCAACAGGGACUGGACCAUCGCGUCAGUUUCGCCAAAGGCGAUUUCAUGCAAAUGAGCUAUCCGGAUGACAGUUUUGAUGGCGUCUAUGCGAUCGAGGCGACCGUGCACGCGCCCAGCUUGGAAGGGGUGUAUAGCGAGAUAUUCAGAGUUUUGAAGCCCGGCGGCGCGUUCGGCGUGUAUGAGUGGCUUAUGACUGAGAAAUAUGAUAACGAUGAUCCUCGGCACCGAGCUCUUCGUCUGGGGAUCGAGCAGGGAAAUGGAAUUAGUAAUAUGGAGAAGAUUUCCGUGGCGCUUCAAGCCAUGCAGAAAGCGGGCUUCGUCUUGGAACUCCAUAUGAAUGUUGCGGAUCUUGAGGGCGGGGAUGCGAUCCCGUGGUAUUGGCCUCUGAGCGGUGACUUGAAAUACAUGCAGAGUAUUUGGGAACUGCCCACUUUCCUUCGAAUGUCACCUGUUGGUCGCACGGUUGUGCAUAGCUUCAUAGGAGCCCUGGAGACUAUCGGUCUGGCUCCGAAAGGAACUCAGAAGACGGCCGAUUCGCUAGCAACAGGAGCAGACUGUUUGGUUGCAGGAGCGAAGGAGAAACUAUUCACACCGAUGUAUCUCAUGGUUGGUCGUAAACCAGCAGUUUGA